UGAAAAAGUGUGUUUGUGAACUGGGAUCGAGGAGGGCAGGGCCUAGGGCGAAGCAGUGAUGGUGAUGGUGAUGGAACGAACCUUCAGACCAAAAUCAAAUCCCUACUUCCUCGUCGGGCUGUAGCAUCUUAUUUAUUGCAGUAGUAAGAAAGAAAGAGAAAGAAAGAAAAGACCCCACGYUCUCUGUCAUUCUCUCUCUUCCUUUACCAAUCUCUUUUUCUCUCUCUUUGCCAAAGUAGCUUGUAGUGUUUCGAGUAGACAUGGCAACAGAGGUGGAGGUGGCGGUGGUGGUGAUGGUGGUGGUGGCGAUAAUGGGAAUGGGAGGAAGAGGUGGAGUGGAAGGGGCGAACUGGUGCGUGGCGAGGAGCAACGCGAGUUCCGACGUGCUGCAGACGGCGUUGGACUAUGCUUGCGGAGCUGGAGCAGACUGUACGCCCAUACAGUCUUCUGGGCUUUGUUAUCUCCCCAACACAAUUCAAGCUCACGCCUCUUACGCCUUCAAUAGUUACUACCAGCACAAAGCCAUGGCUCCUGGGUCUUGUGACUUCGCUGGCACUGCCACCGUUGCCAUGACCGACCCCAGCUACGGAUCUUGUGUGUACCCAUCUUCAACAAGCACUGCCGGUGCCGGAGGGACGUCGCCGCUCACAUCCACAACGACCACGCCCACUGGAAACACCCCAUACACACCGGCGACCACACCGGCGACACCAGGAACAAAUACGCCAAUUUAUGGUGGAGUUGGAGGGCUAACUCCGGGCUUAGGACCGGCGAUACCUAGCACAGACGACUCCAAAGCUUCUUCUAUUCGCUCAUUUAUAACCACCACCUUCUUGCCAUUCUCUUUGCUUCUUUUAUUCUUCCUCUAAUCCAUAUAGUCUCUGGCCAAAGACAACAAGAGGCUUAAGUUUUGUUAGAGUUGGGCCUUGUAUGUUUAGUGUUAUGUAUGUCCUCUCAAAUGGGUUUUACAAGGAAUAGCUCUUUCAUCUCUUUUUCUUUCAUUAUAUUUAUAUAUAUCUUAUUCUCUCUCUCUCUCUA